AUGAGUGGCGGAGGACCAGCAGCAUCACAGCAAGGACGGCAUACAGCGCGGCGUAAGCGGUUCGGGCUGUUCAACAUCUUUGGGUUCAGUGGCGAGUCCUGCUCGCCAGCAGACACCAAGGACGGCAAGGACAGCAAGGACAGCAAGGACAGCAAGGACAGCAAGGACAGCAGGAGCAUCGAAGCCGAUGAUGCCAGCGAGCUGUCGCUGGACAACAGCAUACAAUCGCAGAACGAUCUAGCCGAGUUUGAAAGAAUUGCAGCUAUUGUCUGGGCAUGCGCUGACCCAACACUCUACGAGCGGUUUGGCGAACCUGUCUAG